CUGUGGUUGCGUUUCGAUCGAGUUCUGAAUCGGUCCAAAACUACAUCAAACGGAAACGAUUCGCGCACAAAGUGAUAUGUCUGGUGGAGAAGGCUGGUUUGCAUUCAUUCAACCGAUACAUUAAAUUAAGUAAAGAUCGAGACUUGAAUCUAUUGGGAAUUGGAUUUCAUGACCUUUUCUUCAUUGCAUUACGCGGAGGACAGUAAGUGCAGAACAGAUUGGAGUACAGAACAAUUCCGACAAAACAAGGGCAGGACAAAGGAAAUAAAUAGAAAUAACUCAAGUGAUUAACGAGACGUUGGUUUUCUAGCUCAGUGGGAAACAAUAAAGCCAGAAAGAGAUCCGAGUUGACCGCGCUGUUUAAAGAGCCUUUACAAGAAACGUUAAGCCGGUAUAGAACAAGGAUUUUUCAUGAAGAAUCUGCAUGGAAAAAGGAAAAGAAAAGGCAAGAACUGUAAAAACCAUGCCAAAGAAACCUCAGCUAACGCUAGUGGAAUUAAUUCGCUUGCAGAACUGAAGGUCAAGGAUAUAAAAUCAGACAGAGUCAGUCAGUUUAAUUUUGUCAGUGAAGAUCAUUACAGUUUCUAUGAGAGGACUUCAGUGAGACGGGAGGCUCGGAAGGGACUGGGAUGUAAAGGUUCCGAAUCUACUAUGGAGAACGAGGGAUUACAAACGAUAUCCAGUGAGACUAAAGGUCAGCAGAAAUCGGCUUUGCCGCCUUUGAAAGACUUAGCAAGAUCACAACAACGGAAGCAGAUGACAAGAAAUGCUUUUGGUCAGUCGAAACUCGAUACGAAACUGCAAGACGACGGAAAUCGUGGGAAAGAAAACAUUGUGUCAACCUCUUCUGAGAAGUCAAAGACGCUCGCGAGUGUAUCUUUUGUAGGUAUAUACGACCUGGAUGAUAUGAAUAACACCCCGAAAAACUGGAGUGACGGAGUUUUAAACUUAGAAAGGGAACAAAAAGUUCAAGGAGAAAGUAAUAAAGAAAAACCCAGCGAACAGGUCGAAAAUACGUUGGGUUAUGUAAUUCAAAAUUUAACGCUAGAAGGAAAGAGUUAUAAGAGUAAGAAGAAUUCACUCCAGAAUAAACUCAUCCUUCCUGGAAUAAAAGAGAACAAAAAGUUUAUCGACGAUAAAUUUAAAACAUUUAAGAGACGCGACACAUUGUACAGAGGAAGAGAAAAAAAACACAGACUUCCAAAUUUGGUUCCGAGUGACCGGAGAACUCCAAGGAUGGUUGAAAGCUUUACAAAACGGAUGCUGAGCAAUCGUAGAGGAAAAAAGCGAACACACCAUAACUCUUUUGAGCAAGUUUACUUAGAGAGAGAAAUUCCUCGGUUGCCACUUAUUUUAAAUGGACGAGUAACUCAAUUUUGAUUUCCUCAAACUCAACUUUAAUUACGACUGGUUGGUUGUUUACAAGUCACCUCAUCUCCAGCCAUUUCCGCGAUUCACAGUGCAGUUAUCAGCAAUAAAUUUAUAGAUUCUGUAACGGUUCAUGCCUUCCAUUUACUUGCUGUUCAAAAGUGAUUUGUCGGUGUGUUCCCAGGCUUUUGCUUACACUGGUCCAUGCAAAACAUUUGAAGCCAUACUUGCAAGUUACUUAAUCUGCCUCGAUCGACGGAGUGAUCUAAGCCAAUUGAAGUAAAAUUUUCUCUUGAUCAUUUGAUGCGAAAAUGUUUGAGAAAUCCAAUAGUAUUUCUGGCGUCGUUAUGUAUCAUGUUCGUCUAGUUGGUAAAUGCAUUAUUUAACACUGAAGUCAGUCUGUAAUAGACAUCAGAUACUAAUGAACUCAUGGAUUAUAGGUCGUACUUCCUUUUGUCUGAAUUCAAAACUAAUCAGUUCUAACGUAGUCAAUACUUAGCUUUAAAUCAGCAAGCCUUAAGAGUCUAUUAUCGCUAAUACACAAAGGUGCACAGUGGUAGGCAAAGAAAGGAAGAGUGAAAUGAUACGCAAAGGCACGCAAUGGUAGGCAAAGACAAGUGUACUGAAAUAAUACACAAAGGCGCGCAGUGGUUGGUAAAGACAAGGUAGUACAGUUUGGUAACGAAGUAAGCUUACUAGAAUAAAGGCUGAUAGUUUCGAAAGAAACUGUUUGGGGCUGCG